AUGAGGACUUUCCAGAGCCAAAGCCAGCCCGCUCAGCGCGGAGCCGCCAGCAGCCUGCAGAGCCUCGGCAGCGGCGCCGUGAGUCCACUCAGCACGGCCGGCAUCACCCUCGCAGCCCUACUCAUCCUCACCGUCCCAGUGUGCAACAGUGCUCCAGCAGAACUUCAGCAAGCAACAACAGACCAGAGGCAGCUACUCAGCCAGAUAGACGCUGUGUGCUCAUCCUACCUCUCUGCAGACCUGAAGUUUUGGACGUCUGAUGUCUUAGGAGAACUCUGUCUCUUGAUGCUGGUUCAGAAGUCAAAGGAGCUGAAAGUGCGAGAAAAUAGUAAAAGGACCCCUGUGUUGCAUCCUCUCCUGAAUCUAGUUACUCAACUCCAUACCAGAAGAGAGAAAGGACUCUCAGUGCGCGCCGAACUCCAGGGACCUGGGGGAAUCCAGAGCAGAGGUUACUUCCUCUAUCGGCCACGAAAUGGAAGACGAUCCUUAGAAUAUGAGUAAAUCAAAGAGUCUCCGCCUCUGACGCUUAGUGCACAGAGACAACACAGACCCUGAGACCCGAGCCGCUGCACCACGACUGAGUGACCUAAACUUCAACCACA